GUCGCCCUGGCGUCUCUCAACCCCGGCCCCGUCUCCCCGGAGAGUCUGUAGCCGCGGGAGUGUCUGUAGCCCCGGGAGUGUCUGUAGCCCCCGUCCCCGUCUACCCGGGCAAUGGCAUCGACCGCCAGACUGCAGCUCAUCCGCCGGCAUCUGCACCCAGACCUUCAACUCUCUCCUACCGCUGCGGGAGGAACUUCAACUUCCUCUCCAAGAACUUUCCGCUACACUGUGGACAAUAGUUACCUGACCCCGGACCAGAGGCAGUUCUAUGAGGAAAACGGAUUCCUUCACGUUAAGAAGUUGGUUUCUGAUGAACAUCUGGAGAUUUUCAGAGAGGAGUUUGGAAGGAUCUGUCGUAAGGAAGUUGUGGUCCCAGGAUUAACGGUGAUGAGGGAUGUGGGCAUCGCAAAGACGGAGUAUGUUCCCGGUCAACAGGCUGUGUCCAAGAUCCAAGAUUUCCAAAGCAAUGAGAUACUUUUUGAGUAUUGUUGCCUACCAGAGAUCUUGAAGUACGUGGAGUGUUUUACCGGCCCUGAUAUAAUGGCGAUGCACACAAUGCUCAUCAACAAACCUCCCGACUCUGGCAUGAAGACAUCACGCCAUCCGCUGCACCAGGACCUGCAUUAUUUCCCCUUCCGGCCGGCGGAGCAUAUCGUGUGCGCUUGGACGGCCAUGGAGAGGGUUCACCGCGACAACGGGUGCCUGGUGGUGUUGCCGGGGACACACGUGGGCAGCCUGAGGCCACACGUCUACCCCGACUGGCCCGGCGGCGUCAAUAAGAUGUAUCACGGUAUCCACGGUUACGACCCCAGUCACCGCCGGCUCCACCUGGAGAUGGACAAGGGCGACACGGUCUUCUUCCACCCCGUCCUCAUACACGGCUCCGGGACCAACGUGACCAGCGGCUUCCGGGGGGGGGCAGGCAAGGCAAUAUCCUGCCACUACGCCAGUGCGGACUGCAACUACAUCGACGUGAAGAACACCAGCCAGGAGAACAUCGAAGAAGAGGUUCUGGAAAUAGGGCGCAGGAAAUACGGCAUUAGCAAAGACACGCCUUUGGCAGAUAUCUGGCGUUUCAAGGGUCGUCUUGUACAAGGAGAGAGAACCAACCUGUGACCUUGUUCUGGGGAUGGAAACUGUACACUGGUGGUGCAUGUACUUUGCACUCUUUCCAGUGACUAACUCAUUACUUUUCUUUGCAAAUAAUAAUCUACAUUCAAUGUAUUUUUGGUAUAGUCUCGACCCGAAACGUCACCUAUUCCCUCGCCCCACAGAUGCUGCCCCACCCGCUGAGUUUCUCCGGCAUUUUUGUCUACCCUUUUUCCAGCAUCUGCAGUUCUUUCUUAAACAUGUUUAGGUAGAAGGGAGAAACAAAAUGCUGGAGUAACUCAGCGGUUCAGGCAGCAUCUGUGGAGAAGGGACGGGCGAGACCCUUCUUCAGAUUCAAUUGUUUAAGAAUUGUCUUUUCAGAGUUUACAUCAAUGUUUACAGUUUAAAAAACCUAGGCCUGCAGAAACACCCUGAUAAUCCAGUAUGCUUGGGACUGAGACUCAGGACAAUUUUCAUUUGCUGCCUUUGAGAUUUGCGCAGUAUUAUAUUACAUUUUCGAGUGAGGUCUUAGAGUCGUGCAGCGCGGACUGGGCAACCUGGACAAUGACACGUUGGCCUGGCUCGGGUCAACGGAGCUGCAGGUCUACAAGACACACGCCGACCAAGAUACCUCAUCUAAGCUAAUCCCAUUUGUCCAUGUUUGACCCAUAUCCCUCUACACCCAUCUGAUCUAUGUACCUGUCCAUUGGUCCAGCACAGUGGCGCAGUGAGUAGAGCCGUGACUCACAGCGACAGAGACCCGGGUUCCAUCCUGACUACAGGAGCUGUGAGUGUGAGUGUGUGUGUGUGUGAGUGAGUGAGUGUGUGAGUGUGUGUGAGUGAGUGUGUGUGUGUGUGUGUGUGAGUGUGUGUGUGAGUGAGUGUGUGUGUGUGUGAGUGUGUGUGAAUGAGU